AUGCUCAUGGAGUUGUUUCUCCUCGCUCACGGAUUUCAAGUCUGCUCGGCCCUCGUGGCUCCCAGGAAGCUGCUGGUCAGACGAGGAGGCGCCUCGUCCUUGCAUGUUAUGUUGCUAACACCAGGACAUCGCCCGCCCGUGCAGAAAUUCACGACACUUCGAGGAGGCUUCGAUGACUCUGACGUGGUGCGUGCCCUCUCAAACGAACGGAGUAGCUCGAGCAUUGCGGCAACCAACCAAUCUCAAGACGACGACUUGACGGAUUCGCCCAGCAAACCUUCAUCGCUGGCCUUGGGAUUUCUGCUCGUCUCGACCAUCGCUUGCUUCGUUGCGAUUCGAAUUGUUUCCAAGGGAUCUCUGAUCCCCUUCCUCACUCAACGAGAGGAGCUGCUGGUGGUGGGAAUCCUGACGUUCUUCACUGGUUACAGGCUGUCGGUGUGGCUCGCCGACUACACCAUCUAUGAGAUGAUGUCUCUCGGCUCUGACACCACAGUUGCUCUGUUCCUGCAGCGAGCAGUCAAGUACUUCUCACUUGCUAUCGCCGUCUCCUGUUUGUUGGGCUCGUUUGGGAUUAACAUCAGCGGUCUGACUGCAGCUCUCACCAGCUUCAGCGUUGCCAUCGGCUUCGCCUCUCAGAAGGUUCUCUCCAAUCUCGCAGCAGGCAUCAUGCUCAUGAUCUUCCGGCCCUACUCGGUCGGCGACAUCGUGAUCGUAGCGGGCAAGACGGGAAUCAUAGCCAAGACGCUUCUCUUCGAGACGCGGCUCGAUACCUUCAGCAACGUUCGCAUCAGCGUCCCCAACUCGGAGAUCUUCGGGGCGGUGAUCGAGAACGCCUCCCGCAACAAGAUGCGCAGGAUCGAGAUUGAGAUCCAGACGGCAGCGUCGGCCGACGUGGACAAGGCGAGGAAGUGCCUGGAGCAGGUGGUGGCCGACUACGAGUACCUAGCGCGCGACUAUCUCAAGCAAGAGAGCCAGAAGAAAUUCACCAACAAGCGACUUUACAAGAUGUCCAACGGCUCCAUCGUGCCGCAGCAGCAGCAGCAUGAUCUCGAACAUGGUCUUGAAGCCGUCUCGAACCAUCCUCGAGCGGAUUGA